AAACACAAAAAGGUAUCUGUUUCUUAGCUUCAAUUGUCUGAUAAUUUCAACGCAAUCCCUAAAAUAUUGUAUGUUUUUUUAAAAGGAAUUUAAAAAUGAAGUUUGGCAAGACCUUUGAGAGUCUAUUAACCGCUGAAUGGCGCCAGCAGUAUAUAAGAUAUAAUGCACUAAAAGCUAUGAUCAUGCAAGCAGUGGAGGAGGCCCCUGAUCCAGCCGAGGCGAGCAGUACUGAGAUCAAUAUGUACUACACAGAAUUCGAGAAUCAUUUCUUCCACACCUGUGUGAAGGAGUUGACCAGAGUCAACAACUUCUUCUCCCACAAGGAAGCGGAGGCGCAACGCAAACUGGCCACAUUGAAGUACGAACUGACUGUCGGCCGUGGUCAUGGCCAGCAGGGACCGAGGGGCUCCAAGGUGGAAAUCGAUGAAGCUCAUAUUUCCCGGGCCAAGCGACGCAAAUUACCCCUGGCCAUGAGCGAGUUCUAUUUGAGCUUAAUAAUGCUGCAGAACUAUCAGGCCCUAAAUCAUACUGCUUUUCGGAAAAUUUGCAAAAAGUAUGACAAGCAUAUUAAGUCAUCGGCUGCAACUAGAUGGUACGAAGGCACUGUGCUCCAGGCGCCAUUCGUGAAGACCUCAGUGCUGGUCGAGAUGAUCACAGCCGUAGAGGAGCUGUACACGGAGUACCUCACCAACGGGGAUCGAUCCAAGGCUAUGGCCAAGCUACGGGUUCCGCCCCUCGGUCAGCCCACUCCACCAGUCCAGGUGUUCUUUGCCGCCUUCUUCCUGGGACUCUUCCUUGUGUCAGCUACGAUUUGCCUUCUGUCACUUCUUACGCUUAACUUGUCGGAUGAGUUCCGGUUUAUGUUUUACAGCUUGUAUAGGGGACUAGUGGGCGGAAUGCUUUUCAGCUUCAUUCUGGUCAUUGAUGUGCACAUCUGGCAAAAGAUGGGAGUCAAUCACAUCCUGAUCUUCGAGGUGGAACGCCGGAAAGCGUUGGGCGCCGUUAAGGGAUUGCUGAUAUGCAGCUCUAUGGGGUAUAUGUGUACCUUGGGGAUCCUGCUCUAUUUGUUUAACGAAGAGUUUUAUAUAAAAGACCCGUACCUCAUCCCACUGGCCAAUACAAUAAUAGGAUUUUCUCUGCUCCUGAAUCCAAUACCCAUUCUUUUCUCAUCGGCCAGAUUUUGGCUGAUGCGUACCUUUGGGCGGGUUAUACUGGCUCCGUUCUAUGAGGUAAAAUUCGUUGACUUUUGGAUAGCCGACCAGUGGAAUUCGCUCAUUAUAUGCUCCGUGGACCUCUACUAUCAACUGCGGUUCUAUUUCCGGUAUUUUUGGGGUAGCGAGAAUACCUUUGAGUUUGAACCGGACUAUGCAGUGGCCGUAAUCCGGUGCUUGCCCUCCUGGUGUCGUUUUGCUCAGUGCCUUCGAAGAUAUAUAGACAGCAAAGCCUUUUCCAUCGAGUAUCUAUUGAAUGCAAUCAAGUAUGUCCUGACCAUGACUAAUGUUAUCUUGUCUACCAUUCAGAUGAAUACGAAUCACAAUUAUGGACACCUGUUUCAGAAUCCCUGGACCUGGGCAUAUUUGAUUAUGUCGUUAAUAAACUCAACUUAUUCUCUAUCUUGGGAUUUAUUGAUGGACUUUGGUCUUUUUAGAAUUUGGAAGGGUGAGAAUAUAUUCCUACGCGAAAGUCUAGUCUAUCCCAAGAGCCUUUACUACUUCGCCAUUGUUGAAAACGUGUUGCUGCGAUUCGCUUGGAUUUUGGAAUUUACGCUUGUCUACUUGGGUAUUUUAAAGGCCUUCAAUGGAAAAUCACUUCUGCUCUUCUUGGAGAUUUUUCGACGACUGAUUUGGAAUCUUCUGCGUCUGGAAAACGAGCAUCUGAACAAUUGCGGAAAGUUCAGAGCCACUCGGGACAUAUUCAUAACCAGCUUGCACCCUAAAGCGGAAAAAGAUCUGGAGAAGAUGAUGGACGAAUCCGAAACCGGUAUAAGAGAAUCGUCGGAAAAAAAGUAUGAUUAAGACAAUUGUAACUCGAUUCUUUAUCUAUUUCCACACAAAAAUUACAUCAAUUGUUU